ACACAGAAAUGAGCAAAUCAGUGUACUGCUUCCAUUUUGACAUUCCAGUUACGGGGUGGGGUUGGAGAGGGCACCUGAAAGUAAAACUGUAGCAGAAAAAGUUCUGGUUCCCUACCCUGCUAGAGAAGGCUGUGCUGUAUGGCAGAGCUGUAUAAAUCUCAGGACUGUAUGAACAGAAAUUCAAAUCCUUGGCAGAAUCCGGCAGAGGAAGAAGUAAACAGUGCGUCUCCACUGAACACAGCAGGUACCACUGAAGCCACAGGAAAUAUACGUCAACCAGCAAGAAUAUCACAACCUGCUGCCAACCCUGCUAGGACUACUAAUACUACAACUCCAGGACCCAAUCGUGUCCCUCCAGAACCUGCUAGUGUUCCAGCAGCUGCUAACAGACCACCUGCCCCUAGGCCCGCGGGUCCUCCUAGGAAUCCUGGUCCUGUUCGAGGUCCCCCUGGUCCUGGUCGAGGUCCCCCUGGUCCUGGUCGAGGUCCCCCUGGUCCUGUUCGAGGUCCCCCUGGUCCUGUUCGAGGUCCCCCUGGUCCUGGUCGAGGUCCUCCUGGUCCUGUUCGAGGUCAUCCAAGACCUGGUGCUAGACCACCUCAUGUACUUUACAAGCCUGCAAAAAUAUCAACUCUCAGGAGAUAUUGUGUUCCUGUUACAACAGCUGCUCUGGUGGUGGCUUCACUUGUGGUCAUAGCUAUACUGAUUAAAGUGGUGCUUGAUAAUUACUACUUCUUCUGCCUGAAGUCAUUUAAAUUUAUUCCUUUGGACAAAUGGUGUGAUGGCAAGGAGGACUGUGCUAAUGGCGAAGAUGAAUUGCAAUGUGUGCAGCGAGUAGACUUCAGCAACACCACCAUUGUCAGGCUUACAAAUGACUCCAUCCUACAAAUCUUGACAGCCUCAGGAUCUUGGAGCUAUGUAUGCAGUGAUGGUUUUGACGCAAACAGUGCAAAAUCUGUAUGUGCAGAGAUUGGAUUUUCCAGUAAGCCAACAUUUUCCAGCGUGAGUGCGGCAACACUAAAUGGACCUUUUGGUAACUUUCUGCUAUCCGGUGGUGGGAUUCAGGCAAUUCCGCUUUCUGGCGCUUGUACAUCUGGCAGUGUAAUAUCUUUGAAGUGCAUAGAUUGUGGCGUUAACCAUAAAAAGGAGCGAAUUGUUGGUGGUCAGGAUACCACCAUAGAAAACUCGCCAUGGCAGUGCAGCCUUCAGUACAUGGGGCAGCAUUCAUGUGGGUGCAGUAUAAUUACCCCACAGAUCAUACUCACUGCAGCACAUUGUUUUCCAAGGGGACAGCAACAGACAGAAAGAUGGCGUGUUGAGUGUGGACAUGCGCGUCUUUCAUUUCUCUUUUCCGCACAGGUGGCCAAGAUCUUCGUUCCCACAUCAUACAAUUUGGAUCACAAACCAAAUGACAUUGCCUUAAUUAAGCUAAAGAGUGAUCUCAGCCUCUCAGCUACUGUGCAGCCUGUUUGUCUUCCGGGAUUUGAUGACAACUUGAAAGAAGGUACCCCUUCAACAGUUACAGGCUGGGGUCACACCGUGGAAGGAGGCAGUACCUUGGCCUCUACACUGCAGGGAGUAACUAUUUUCUUGAUCUCCAACGAAUUAUGUAACCGAGAGUACUUUGGCCAAAUCUUACCCACCAUGAUUUGUGCUGGUCAAACUGGAGGAGGAAAAGACACCUGCCAGGGUGACAGUGGUGGCCCAUUGGUGUCAUUGGGCCCCAACUCCCUCUGGCAACAAAAUGGCAUCGUAAGCUGGGGAGAUGGGUGUGCACGAGCAGGAAAACCCGGGGUAUACACUAAGGUUGCACCAUUUUUAUCAUGGAUUACCAGCAUAAUGAAGAAGGAAUUGCCGCCACAGUGAUUGACGGGUUCAAUUUUAUUUAUUUCUUCUACUUGCAAAGAGGAUGGAAGAUGCAGAUGGAGAAACGCAAUGUGCUAUAUCACAGUCCUAUGCUCUGCAGGUUCAGAGUGUGACGUUUCCUCAGGUCUUUACAUGUUUUAUAACAUGAGUAUGAAUAUUAAUGACAUUUUGACCCAUUAUGGACUAAACUGUGCAAUAUAAACUUUUUUUUUUUUAUCAGAUGUUCUGAAAAUGAAAUAUACUGUAGAGUAAAUAUGAUUUUUCGUUAUAUGUUCAUGUUGAAUUUUAUCAUAUACUACAAAAACCUGUUUACAACAGCCACAAUUUCUUCAAAUUGCUUACAAAGUAUGGAAGUACCUUGGAGGUCUCACUGAGUUCUAGGAGCCAUGAUUACUGAUCUGUUACAGAUGUAUUUACCAGCCUCUUAAAUAUGGUGUAUACCAGCUUAUAGAAGGACGAACAUGAAAAGAUGGCAAAACAUAUCAAUGAUUUGUAUUAAUUCAUAAACAUUAAUAUAUGUCAGGCAAGAUAUCAUUUGUUGUUGACUUGAAAAGUUCAGUAAUUCACACCCCAGCAGACAGUCACUAAAAUGUAUUUUCCAAUGUAGAGGUACUAAGCAAUUCACAAAACCUGUAUAUGCCCAGUUUGAAAUCUUCCAGAUGAAUUCAGUGUGGAUCCUCAGAUAUUUGUUAGCACAUGUACAUAAUGUAUUUUAGAUUUUGUAUAUGGUUUAUUGAAUAAAAAUGUAAUCUAA